AUGCCUACGAGGCUUUUCCUGUUCGCAUUUAAGAAACCACAAAUUACAUUUUACGACUAUCACGUUGCAACGCGAGCAGCAUUGUUAGCAUUUUAUACUUUCAUGCUCCAUAAAAUGAAUCAAACUUCUCAACUUCAUUUCAUUUGUUCAUCAGAAAAAAGCGAAUACGAAAUUACUGGAUCAUGA